AUGCAAAUAGCGGACCCGCAUACAAUUAUGAGGGAUCUUAUGGAGUUCGCAAUUGCGAUUAUAAAGUCGAUGCUGGCUGUUCCAGAGUCGAUAAUGUAUACAAUCCCACACGACGCGAUCAAGGAGGGAAGAUGGAUUGAAGCGUGGGAAUGUUUGCUAAAGACGUUUGCGAGCUUCGAUAAACCCUAUUUGGACUCGCCUCUUCUACAUGACACCAAACCAGUCAACGAUGACAGUGAAUACACAAGCAAGGAUGCCUCUGCCACACAAAUCGGCAUGCCAGAGCCGGACGACCAGGAAUUCCCAGCGCGUCUGAAUUUUAACGCUUCUGGAAUCCAGAUCCAGGAUGUCAGCAUGCUGCUGGACGCUGGCUGCGCAUUUGCCUCGCCUUCGGACGCACACGAGCGCCUUGCCUUUGUCUUCUCGCCAGAGACCUCGACUGCCUUUCAGCCACUUUCUUGCACAAAUGAUAUGAGCGGUGGCCUAGAAGCUAAACCCGACGAAUCCGUUCCCGAACAGCCUCUCGUGGACUCCCACCUCGUCUGCGAAGAAGAGAUAGAGAGCGUAGGUUCUCACCCUUUCGUGUGCUCCUGCCUCAUCUGCGAAGAGGAUAGAGAGAACGAUACCCUCCUCGAAUUGCGUCUGGAUGGCCGCAACAUCGUACUCGACUCAUUGUAUCCACAUAUCGCACCUCAUAUAGUUAUAACUCCCCCUGUCUCUUACGCAGACGACUUCUACAUACCCAACCACAACCGGGUCGAUCCCCAGUGGCCAUGUUUCCUCAACGUGCACCGUUUACCUCCUCACAUAUUCUACCAUCAUUAUCCCCUUUCAUCAUCCCACGGUGAAUCGGCCGACUGUGACUCUGGAGAAUUCCAGUCACAGUCUCUAGCCUCAUCGGACGACUAUGAGGUCAUUCCGCCGCAAACUCCCCCUCGUGUGUUCAGUCACAAAAGACUUCUUCUCGCUGUCGAAGCUUCUUCAACUGAACGUCUAGUAUUCCGCGAGAUAGUGGACGGAGUUCUCCGACACCGCCUUAAAGCUGUGGCAUUCGAAGCAUCCCUGUCGGCGACCGCGGCUUGUGCGCGAUUCAACAAUUCGGGGGCUGUCUCCGCCUUGGAACAACCCGAAUUCGUGUGGACUGAUUGUGCUCAGCACAUUCUACUCGCUUCUAGAUAUUCCUUGGGCAUCUCUAUUAUCGAGUCCGACAAUCCCUUCAGAGCGCCCCAUAUCAUGAUCACGGCGGCUGAGCCGCAUGACCCGUGGAUAUCAUGGAGCAAUAGACUCGAAGACCAAGAUUACGACUAUCUCCCCAGUCUACCCCAAGCGAAGUUCUCUAUUGAGUCUGACUACUCGCGGGAGACCGAUUUGAUAAACACUCCUCUGUCCCUUGACGAUUCGAGGUAUUUUCUCACACCUCACGAAACUUGGGAAAUGGGGCCUGAUCCCGAUCACGCAUAUCCUACUUCAGAAUUCAAUACUCUAGACAAAAUGUCUGUCGGUCUGUCAAUCAUUCGCUGUGAGACGCCCGAGCCGGGCUUCGACGACGAAGACGACCUGCCUCCGUUUGAUGAUUGGUACCUGUCCGUUAUCGAGCGCUCUAAAGUCAUUGGCACGUAA